UCCCGCAAAAUGAAAGUACACUGAAAUUCCAAAAAUUGUAACGGCAAAACUAUAUUUAGAUUUAGAUUAAAAAUCGUGAUGAUUUUGCUUUUUGAAAAUGAAACUAUCACAGCUGGAUUAAAUUAUUUGUAGAGGCUUGCUGGGUUUGUAUUUUGUGAUUUGGAUCAGCUGUUAUAGAUAACCUUUAUGUUUUUUUUUAUUUUUAAACGUUAAACGUUCUGAUCUCGUGUCAAAAAUCGAGGAAAAAUGAGCAAAGAAUGAAAUUUGAUGGUCUUAAUUUGAGAACAAAAUGUCAACAAAAAGAAGGACAUUUGCAGAAAAGAAAAGCCAAGGGAUUGACUUUUUGGACUUCAUAGCCAAGAAAAAUAUCAAUAUUGUUGGACUGACGAAGAAGGAGUUACAGAACAUUUAUGUAAAUGAAUACCGAGAACAUAAUUCCAAUGCAAAUCCUUUGUCUUUUGGACCUCUUAUUCAAGCUUUGUUUACCUGUGGUCGGCUUCACCUGAGGGGCCCACACAUUUACAAAGGUCCUGCCGCUGCGCCAUAUCUAAACUCUCACAGGAAGGAGAGGGACCAGCAUUCCAAUCAUGCCAAUGUAGAAGGAAACCAGAACAAUAACAGUGAUGGAUAUGUAGGAAGAUCAAACAGAAGGAGUCCUCACCACAAAAGGUUUGGUCAGGUAGCCGUCAACCAACAUGUGGUCAUUAAUCGCAGUUACUCCCCCUCCCCCAUCACCAGUCACGAAUCCUCGCCAACCCCAGACAUUGUUCAUCGAACCUCAGCCAGUAGUCUACCUCUGGGACAGGCCCAGUCAGGGAUGGACUCUGAGCACAUCAAGAGAGUUGGCAACUACUAUGAGUGCAAGAUUUGUGGUGCUCGAUCCACCUCAUCAGUGGAGAUGGGGAAACACUCUCAGGGGAAAAAACACAGGCUCGGAGUGAUGACUGCUGAGUUAAAAAAACAAAGGGAGUAUUUGGUAAAAGACAGAGAAGGUAUAGCCAUUAUUGGGGAGAAUGCCGAGUACCUCAAUGGGACGUACCACAUUCAGAUCCAGGAGAACACUGAGAGGACCAUGAGCCUGAGGGUGGAGAACCACACCCCGGAGGUGGUGCAGCUGUUACACUGUGAGAUGCUGAAGAGGAUGAGGGUGUUCAAGCUGGACGACGCCAAGAAAAUGACGGAGGGGCGACAGUCUGUGUCCAUAAACAGUGGAAGCCAUUAUGUCAUUGAGGUGAGUGCCUGUGCCAGAGGUCUAGGUACAUUCCAUGUCCCCAUCGCGUUCCACUUCCGUCGAUCGUCCGGGAAGGAAUUCCACAUCAUCCGCUUCCUGAAUGCCAAGUGUGUCAGUGACAUCACAGAGGAGCUAAAGCCGACCUCUCCAUACAAACCUCCGACCAGAGUGGCUGAGUAUCGUGAGACGAUGGAAGCUGUACCAGGUGUUAAACCUCCAAAAUUAAUAGAGGAUAACCUGAAGCGCUCCUUGUCUCUGGGGAAAUACCUUGUCUCACGCCAGAUGAGGACAAUGAUCAACCGCCGAUUUAAGACAUCGCUGUGUAAGAACCAGGCCGAGAAACUUGAAAUGACAACUGCCAGAACUAUAUUAGAAAAUCCUUUGAAUAAAAAUACAUACCAGAAAAAGUUCAGUAUGUUGAUGAACAUUGAGGAGCUACAGAUGGAGGUAGACAUCAGGCGGUACGACAUGAAGGACGCUCCAAUGACAAAACAACGCAACCUGCUACUGCUUGAGGUGCCCGGACUGGCUGAGAACAGACCGUCCGUCCUGAGGGGGGAUCAUCUCUACGUUUGGUCAGGGAACAGUCGCAAAGAAUACCAGGGCUAUGUCCACGAAGUUUAUCUGAAAGAGGUGGCCCUGGGAUUCCAUCCUAGCUUUGUGUCUAGCUUUGUCAACAAGAGUAAGUUCAAUGUGCGUUUCAACUUUAACCGCCUGCCCCUGAAGCUUCAGUACCGCGCCUGUGAACUGGCCGAGGAGGAGGGGCUGGAGAGUCUACUGUUCCCCACCCCCAGCAAUAUCUGCACACGGACCAUGUAUUCCCUCCCACCUAACAGGAAGUUCUUUGACACAAAGAUAGAGUCCAAUAGAGAGCAACAGCUGGCAGUGACCAACAUUGUGAAAGGAACCUCCCGCCCGGCCCCAUACAUAGUGUUUGGACCCCCAGGGACGGGGAAAACGGUCACCAUUGUAGAGGCUCUACUCCAGAUUCAUAAGUUCCAGUCAGAUUCUCACAUCUUGGCUUGUGCUCCCUCCAACAAUGCUGCUGAUUUACUGGCAGAGCGGAUUCUUAACAGUAAAAUCGUCGCCAAGAAGCAGCUGCUACGUCUGAAUGCUGCCUCCCGGGCUUGGAUGAAUGUGUCGGAGAAGGUCAAAGACUGCUGUAACUACAGCAAGAUGAGUGGUCAGUACUACUUUCCCGACGUGGACCAGCUCAAGACGUACCGCGUGAUCAUCACCACACUGACUACCGCGGGGAGAUUGGCCUCAGCUAAUUUCCCUGUCGGUCACUUCACUCAUGUCUUCAUUGAUGAGUCGGGUCAGGCUAUAGAGCCUGAGGCCCUGAUAGCAGUGGCAGGGAUACUGACCAUAGACCCCGGGAUCCACUGUGGUCAGUUAGUGCUGGCGGGGGACCCCCAACAGCUAGGACCAAUCCUGAGGUCCCCAAUAGCCCAGGAAUAUGGCUUAGGAAUAUCUCUAUUGGAGAGAUACAUGAACCAAGUACAGGUGUACCAACGCAAAGGGAACAAGGAGGGGCCAGCUGAUCACUAUGACAACAGAAUAAUCACCAAACUGUUGAGAAACUAUCGCUCCCACCCUGCCAUUUUACACUAUCCCAAUGAGACAUUUUACGACGGAGAACUUAUGCCGCAAGCUGAUGAAGGUAUAAGAACCUGUUUAUGUGGGUGGGAGGAAUUGCCCAACAAAAAGGUCCCCAUAAUUUUUCAUGGGGUCACAGGAAAAGACCAGAGGGAGGAUAGAAGUCCGUCGUUCUUUAACCCCGAGGAGGCAGCUGUGGUGUUCAGUUACGUGAGGAAGUUACUGAUAGAGAAGAAGGGGGGCAUGCAGAUAAAACAGCAGCAGAUAGGGAUCAUUACUCCUUACAGAAAACAGGUCCAGAAGAUUCGGCAGUUGCUGAAGAAGGGUAAGUUUGAGGACAUAGACGUGGGCUCUGUGGAGGAGUUUCAGGGUCAGGAGAGACUGAUUAUCAUCGUGUCCACUGUCCGAUGUAACCCAGAGUACCUCUCCCUUGACUUCAAACACAACCUGGGCUUCCUCAGGAACCCAAAGAGACUAAAUGUGACCUUAACCCGUGCCAAAGCCUUACUAAUUGUAAUAGGGGACCCAAAUACUCUCUCUCAGGACAAGUAUUGGAAGGGGUUCAUAGACUUCUGUGUGGCCAGCAAGGCGUACACUGGUGUGGAUUUCGUGGAAGAUGAUGAGAUGGUGGAUGAUAUCAUGGAGCGUCUCGACGCCAUCAACCUGAAGGGGGGCGUGUCCGAGGAGGAGGAUGAUGAUGAUCCAGGGGACGAAUUUAUUCGGCCCAGUGAACACGACGAGAAAGAAUGGAGGAAAGACAUUUGAAGAGGUCGGGACCUUUAAGUGUUACCCCCCUACAUCUACAUCUACCAGAAUAUCUAUCAAAAAUUCCAUCAGUGAAGCCCAGUCUUUCCAUCAUGGUUUAAUUACUAGCUGCACCACGACCAGUCGUUGAUUGAUGAAUGCCGUCAUGUUGCUGUCUUUAUGUAAAUGUUGCAGACUUUGGUAGGAUUUCUUCGGGCGGCUGCAAAACAAUUUUUUUUAGUUCAGUUCAAUGACACUUGGUAUCUAAUAUCAAAAAGCUUGUAAAUUUUUACUAUUCCAACUGUUGCCUGCCCUUGAGGCAGAAUUAAUUUUUUUUCUGCACGAGAUUAAAAAAAAAAGGGAAAAGGUUCUUUUAUCCUAGCUUUAUGCAUCUUAAUUAAUUGACACAGUUUGAUAUGUGCCUUUUUAAUUACAUCUGUUUUAAUUGAUUUGAGUUGAUUUUAAGCAUAAUAAUAUAAAAGUGCAUGUAUUUUGUACAUGUACUAAUUACUUAUAACUCUGCUGGCUAUUGCUGGUUACUGGUAAAUACAUUGGUAAUGGUACAUACUUUAGCAGCCUUUUAAGUUUUUUGAUUAGUAUAUAGUUACUAAUUAGACAAGCUGAUAAUUGUUCCACAAACAUUCCUCCUGGUCCUUAGUUUUCAGAAUUCUAUUUUAAUGGAGAAUGAAUUUUUUUGCAUGUCAUUAAAUGAAUUCAUUUAAUCAAAUUUUACAAUGUAUGAGAUCUUGAACGUGUGCUAGUUUGGUUUUAUUUUUACACACAAAUGUCCUAGUCAUAUUUCAGACCUUGACUUUUUCGUUUUUAUUUUUUUGAUUAGGCAGUUACCUCUCUUUAAUAGUUUUUAGUACCUUAACAAAGCCCACCCAUUCCUGCAUCAAAAUCAAACUGAUGCAACAGAUCUCCUGUUUUUUAGAAAUCUUAUAUUUAAACAAGGAACUGUUUUCCAUCCUCUGCUUGUCCAGAGUGGAAUGUAUGAACUGAUCAUUACUGUCCUAUGACAAACAUUGAACCAACAUUCAUUUUAAACCAGUGAGGUCUGAAUCAACUACUUUUAUAGUAUAAUACCCGUAGUUUUUGCAAAAUAUUUUUAGAAUGUCUUUACAAUUCCUUUCUUAUUAUGGUGAAGAUUUUUAGUACUUUCCUCGUGACAUCUGUACAUUUUGUUCUUUGUUUUGUUAUCAAAUUUUGAUUGGCUUAGCCAACAAUGAAAGUUGUGUGUGCUUGUGACUAGAUGUUGUCUUAUUACUGCUUUAUAGAUCAAUGGUAUCUGUGAUACUAUAAAGGAUGUGGGAUGUUGAUAGGUAGAAUUGACCCUCUUUGUAUGCUGCUACUGAAGAGGGGGAAUUUCUAAACGUUUUCAUAAACAGAAUUUUUGAACACUACCAGCUUUUAACUAUCAAAACAAGGCAGCCAUCACUACAAUGCACAGAGUGUGCAUGCUUUCAUGGAUGGGAAAAUUGUAGAUUUUUAGAUCAUUGAUUUUACUUGCAUGAUUAUAUAUUUUUACAACCAGCUCCACCCCAGUUGUUAAUGAAGUUUUUUUUUAGGUAGAUCAAUGCACACUUUGUCCUGUGUGGUGUUUGAUAAUUCUGUGCACUGAUUUUAUGGAGUAAAAUGUAAUGUUAAAGUUUG